CACCACAACAACAACAACAACAACAACAACAACAACAACAACAACAACAACAGCAGCAGCAGCAGCAGCAGCAACAAAAUCAGGGGCAACAGGUGCAGCAGCACCAACAGUUGCAACAGAACCAACAAUUGCAGCAAACCCCACAACUGCAGCCGAACCAGCAGCAGCAACCACAGCAAAUGACACCGCAAAUGACACCGCAAAUGACACCUCAGAUGACACCACAAAUGACACCGCAGAUGACACCGCAGAUGACACCGCAAAUGACACCGCAAAUGCAGCUGCAGCAAAUGCAGCAAGCCCAGGUCCAACAGAUGGUCCAGCCGCCUUUGGACCAACAUCAGCUCUUAUUACAACGCCAAAAGAUGCAGCAACAGCAGCAGCUCCAGUUCCAAAUGCAACAAAUGGCAGCGAGGAACGCAGGCGCAAUACAGGCGGGAGACCAGGCGACUCCAGGACCUAACGGUAUGGACCCUCAAGUCGACUCGCCACAGGAUCGAAAGAGGAUCCGUAACAAUUCUGCGGGCGCAUUCUCUCCAGUGAUCGGUCAAGCUGCCCAUGCAACGCCGCUGCAGCACAACAGCUCGCUCAUGGCCGCUAACGUCAGCUCACCUAACAUGAUCGGAUCACCUACGCCCUCCAGCUCACAGCCUGCCGCUGCACCAGAGGCGCCAGCCAAAGGUAACCGGCGAAAGAAGGCUGUCAAGAAGGAGCAAUCCGUGGAUCCAUCCGCAGAAUCGGCGGCGGCGGGGGCUCCUGCAGGACAGUUCAACGUACCAGCAACGCCGGCUGCGAAUGGCUUUGCAAGCCCCAAUUUAUCUCAUAUGCAGCAGCUCCAAGCACAACAGCAAGCUCAGCAACAGGCGCAGCAGCUAGGACAGCCGCCUUUGCAAGUUCAACCUCAAACACAACAGAUGCAGGCACAGCAGCAGCAGCAGCAGCAACAGCAGCAACAGCAGCAACUACAGCUACAGCAACAACAAGCACAAAAGAUCCAGCAGCAACAGCAACAGCUCCAGCAGCAACACCAACACCAACAGCAACAACAACAACAGCAGCAGCAGCAACAGCAAUUGCAGCAGCAGCAGCAUCUACAGAUCCAGAUGCAAAUGCAGAGAGCUCAACAGCAACAACAGCAGCAGCUAGCCGCCAUGGGCGCCAUGAAUCCACAUAUCCGGCCCGUCAUGGCGAAUUCCCCUGUUAGGCCAGGGGUCAGUCCUACCUUGACUCCAGGCACCAUUCAGUCGCCAAUCGGAAACCCUCAAAUACCACCAGGAAUGAUGUCUCAGCCCCAGCUUCAGGUCCGUCAGUUCCAAGCACAUCAGCAGCGGCUCCAACAUAUGCAACUUUUACAGCAGCAGCAACAAGCGCAACAGCAGGCACAGCAACAGGCGCAGCAGCAGGCUCAGCAACAAGCACAACAACAGGCACAGCAGCAGGCGCAACAGCAGCAGCUUUUUGUCCAGCAGCAACAGGGAACACCCGGUCCACAGACGCCCCAAGACUCCUCUCAGAUCAAGAACACCCAAAGCCCCAUCCCACAAAACAGCUUGCCAAAUGGCCUGCAUGGACAGGCAGAGUCCUUAGCAAGUGGUCCAGGAGCACAGGAUAUGAAUCACCAGCAUAUAUCGUCACCUACGCCGGUCAACCAAGUUAUACGGGAUCGGAUAAAUUCCAUGCAAUCACCCGGUAACACGAGCAAUCCAGCCACACCAAUGAACACCGGAUCGCCGACGAACCGCGCUAGGACUACUCAGCAGCAGUUCCAUGCUCAUCAGCAAGAAGCGCAAAAGAAGCAGCAGGCCUUGGUCUGGAACCGUCAACAAGGUCAACUACCCACAGAUGGUACAAAGCAGCAGCAACAACAACGACAGGCCAUGAUGGGUCAUCAGCAGAUGCUGGGCGAGAGUCAGCGGCAUGGAGAGGAAUUUGUUGGUUCACCCAAUACGAAUGCACAGUCUGGAGCGCCGGCGACGAUCAUUUCGCCUGUAUCUGGAAUGGAAAGUAUGACGAUGGGGUCGGGCGGUGUGGACGAGAUCGGGAGGAUUCAGAGUCUGCUGACGGACAACAGCGAGUUUGAGCACAUCGAUAAUGAUGGAUUACAGAUGGAUGACAUGGGUGUCGAUGCGUAUGGAAAUGUCAACCUGUUGAGUCUCGGGAGGAACGAAGGUCUGUGAUGGGCAACAAUGGUACAUGCAAAUGACGCCCGCUCAUAAUUCACAAUUGCAAUUGUCUGCCAGCUUGAGUGGCCAUGUACAGAAAGUCAGCACCUGCGCUAUGUCAUCCGAUGGAAGGUGGCUCGCGAGUGCGGGA